GGCACAUUUGCGAGUUGUCCGUACGCCCCCUUAACCAAAACACUUCCCAUUACAAAUUCUCGUUCGAUAUUAUCAUAAACUUAAAUUUUAUGCUUCUCCAAAUAGUUUAUUUACAUUUACCAUCUCCUACCACAUGCGCUGCCUAGAUGCAUAUUCUACUACGUCAUGUCCAAGUAACACUACGUCAUCGUCUCCUCAGACAUUCCCGUGUUGCUACAAAUUCGCCAAUGUCCCUCGUCUCAUUUGAUUUCCUAACAUGAUUCCUUACUAGCUAUCAUCAUACUAUUUAGAUAUUCUCGCCUAUAUUACCCCGACAACAAUGGCGGAACAGGACCGCUACGGCGGCUGGUUUGGUGGCUGGUUCGGAGGUGAUAAAGUAGACCGUGUAAAGGACGGCGUAAAGGACGCGGUAUCGAGAGAUAUAUCUAAGGAUUCCGGCGCGGACAAGCCCCCCUCUGCUGAUCAAGUUAGAGAUAAAUUCUCAGAAACAUCUGGUGCCGAGCAAGAUCGAUAUGGACGUUGGUUUGGUGGAGAUAAGCUCCCUUCUAGAGCUGAUAUCGAGAAGAGACUCCCCCAGACUUCGGGUGCCGAGCAAGAUAGAUAUGAGCACUGGUUUGGUGGACUCAAACUUCCCACUAGAGCAGAUAUCGAAAAGAUAUUACCUCAUGAAUCUGGAGCCGAACAAGACAGAUACGAACGUUGGUUCGGUAGGCAUGAGGCCACUCCGGCCAAAGAGCUGAACGAGAGCUUACCGUCGAGUUCCGGUGCUGAGCAGGAUCGCUACGGAGCCCAUUUUAAACCUACUCCUGCUGCCAGAAUCAGGUUUGGCGGCACAACAUCCACGCUUGGACUUCUGCAACACGCAGUGCUGCCAUCUUUCGGUUUAAACAGCGGCCUCAGUCUCAUCGCGUACGGGUUAGGACGCUAUACCGACACAGUCGAAGCUAAGGACUGGCUGUGGCCGAGUGCACAAGUAGCAAAUGCUUGGUGGAGUGCUAUUGGAAUUCCCGUGGUCCAUGAAGGAUUGUCCCUCUCUGCUGCCUGGUCUGCAUUGUCGUAUGACCAGAAGCUUCUCUUAGGAGGUGUUAGCGCCUGGGGUCUACGUGUCUUCUACCGCGUUGCUUCGCGCACCAUACGACGUGGUAAAGAUGAUCCUCGAUACCGGACGGCGGCUAGGAAACAGCCGGGAUUCUGGAACAAGGCUUUUUUUACCAUGUUCCUACCUGAGGCUCUCAUCCAGACCCUGAUCUCCCUGCCAUUCACAUUACCCUUCCGCGCUCCGAUUGCCACUGCCCUUGCUUCCCCUUACCCUGAAGUGUCGUCCGUAUCCCGCAGCCUUGCUAUCUUCCUGUUCGCCGCAGGAUACGCUCUGGAAGUCUUAGCUGACACUCAACUUGCGUCUCACGAAGGCAAGGAGAGUGCUGAACUUAACCGCGAAGGCGUAUUUAGCAUUGUCCGACACCCUAACUAUCUCGGUGACGCUCUGGCACACCUUUCCUUCCCUCUUCUUCUCUUCAGUGCUGGACAACUGCACCCCCUAACACUCCUUGGCCCCAUUACUAACUACAUCUUCCUGCGUUUCAUCGGAGGAGACAAAGAAAACGAGGAGAACCAGGAGAAGCGCUACGCUAAGGAAAACCCCGCUAAAUACAAGCAACUACAGCAAUACAAGAAGACCAAGAAUAGCUUCUGGCCUAGUCUGGCUGAGUUCGGUAACAAGUGGCUAUGGGCCGUCGCUGCGGUCGGUGCUAGCGGCGUCGUUCUUGAGCGGUCGCUGGGCAGUUUCCUUAGGUCUUAAGCCGUGACACACAACUCCAUACAUGUCCAGUGAGGCCCUAUUCGGGACUUAUUUGCUUAGAAUGCUGGCUCAAUGGCCUACCAAAACCAUCUGCUUAGUACAACCCGCGUGCCCGCGUGAAUUGCUCGUCAGAGCACCUUUAUAAGAGAUGUAGACCUAUUAUUUUAUGAGGUAGCAAUGGUGGAGUUGACAGACGUUACUUCCGGCGGCGGCGGUAAUACCCAGUAUCAACUUGAACAGUCUGUCAGGAUUCUAGAUGAGACAUCUAGAACAAAGGACAGGUUCAGUAUGUAUAGACGUAAGACCCUCGUAGCUAGUCUAGAGUUCCUUGCGGUCGGCGCAAUUAAGAUCCAUC